GAGGCGUCGACUAAAAAAAUAUUUUCACUUUUUCAAAGACGUCAUUACUCUUGCGACCGUUGAAUUGAAACGAACUGCGUUAUCGACGUUGGAAACGACUUUUUGAGAGGAAGUACGUUUCGGCAGCUUCUCCGAAAAUUUUGGCAUCUCGGUCAAUAUGCCCGACUCUGGUAGCGAUAACCCCGAAGCUGGGCCAAAGGGAGAGUCCAAGAGCCCUGUGGCCAGCAGAUUCACGACGGAGAUUGAUACGCGAUGGGGUGAUAUUCUGCUGCUCAUCUGCUUCUUCGUGGCUGGUCUCGUUGAUAGCGCUGCGUUCAACAUGUAUGGCUGUUUCGUUAGUAUGCAAACAGGAAACACAAUCUUUGUUGGUCUCGGCGUCAGUCAUCAACCCGAAAACCUACCUGGAAAAGCAUGGUCUCGCUGUUUUCUCGCUAUUGUUUGCUUCGCCUUUGGAGCUCUCUUCUUCUCAAGCUUCCACCGAUUUUUCGGACCUCAGAAGCGAUGGGUUCUUAUCACUUCAUUCUUGAUCCAGGCUCUUCUCACUGGUCUCGUAGCUAUCCUCGCUACAACCGGUGCAGUCUAUAACCAUCCUCAUGGUAGAGAAACAGUGCACGAAGACGGAUGGAUUAUCGAGAGAGUCCAGGACUCGUUCCCAGCAACUGACUACGCCGCCAUCAUCAUUCUCGCUUUCCAGAGUGCAGGCCAAAUCGUCGCCAGUCGUGUCCUCAAGUACAACGCCAUGCCGACUAUUGUCUUGACAAGUUUGUACUGCGACAUGAUGAGCGACGCAAAGCUCUUCACUGCGCCUAUCAACGACAAUGCCGAUCGAAACCGAAGAGCCACUGGAGCUGUGCUUCUCUUCGCUGGUGCUGUUUCCGGUGGUUUCUUGUCUAAGUCCUGGGUUGGAUUUGCUGGAGCUCUUUGGAUCGCUGCGUUCCUCAAGCUGUGUAUCACUUUUGCUUGGGUUCUCUGGAAGCCCAAGUCCUCCAACAAAUAGACGAAAUGCAAUCCAAGACGGACAAAACAGGUUGAAUUAUGAUUUGCGUCUUAUGGCGCUUUUGGGUGUUAGCGUUGAUAUCCUAUGUCUAGAUGAAGUUAGAUGCUUAGAGGUUUUUAGAAUAGAAUAGAAUAGUAAUUAAUUGGAGAUUUUGAUA